UGCGCGCACCGUCGGCCGCCGCGUCCCGCAGGCCCCGCAGCCCCAGGGUUGCGGCUCCGGUUAAUAGCUGUCGGCCCCGCAGCUCCUCGCGCCUGGACGCGCCCAGCCCGCCCCGCUUUCCUGCGUCUCCGUCCAGAUCCCAGCAUGCCUUCCGAGACACCCCAAGCAGACACGGGGUCUGCAGCGUGCCCCCACCUCUCAGGGGCACACCUGGAGAAGGGGCCCCCCGGGGACAAAGAAGCCAAGGAGUGCCUGUGGAUCCGUCCCGAUGCCCCAAGCAGGUGCUCCUGGCAGCUGGGCAGGCCCGUCACGGACUCUCCGCAUCAGCACACUGCCUUGGCAAAAUCCCCCAAAAUCUUGCCAGAUAUCCUGAAGAAAAUUGGGGACACCCCCAUGGUGCGAAUCAACAAGAUUGGGAAGAAGUUUGGCCUGCAGUGUGAGCUCUUGGCCAAGUGCGAGUUCUUCAAUGCGGGCGGGAGUGUGAAGGACCGCAUCAGCCUGCGGAUGAUUGAGGACGCCGAGCGGGCUGGGACGCUGAAGCCCGGGGACACCAUCAUUGAGCCGACGUCCGGGAACACAGGGAUUGGGCUGGCCCUGGCUGCUGCCGUGAAGGGUUACCGCUGCGUCAUCGUGAUGCCGGAGAAGAUGAGCACCGAGAAGGUGGACGUGCUGCGGGCCCUGGGGGCAGAGAUCGUGAGGACACCCACCACUGCCAGAUUUGACUCCCCCGAGUCGCAUGUGGGGGUGGCGUGGAGGCUGCGAAACGAGAUCCCCAAUUCUCACAUCCUGGACCAGUACCGCAACGCGAGCAACCCCCUCGCUCACUACGACACCACCGCCGAGGAGAUCCUGCAGCAGUGUGAGGGGAAGCUGGACAUGCUGGUGGCUUCGGCAGGCACGGGGGGCACCAUCACGGGCAUCGCCAGGAAGCUGAAGGAGAAAUGCCCCGGGUGCAGAAUCAUCGGGGUGGAUCCCGAGGGCUCCAUCCUUGCAGAGCCCGAGGAGCUGAACCAGACGGAGCAGACGAUGUACGAGGUGGAGGGGAUCGGCUAUGACUUCAUCCCCACGGUGCUGGACCGGUCGGUGGUGGACAAGUGGUUCAAGAGCAACGAUGAGGAGUCCUUCGCCUUCGCCCGCAUGCUGAUCGCGCAGGAGGGUCUGCUGUGCGGUGGCAGCGCGGGCAGCGCCGUGUCGGUGGCCGUGAAGGCUGCCCGGGAGCUGCAGGAGGGCCAGCGCUGCGUGGUGAUCCUGCCCGACUCCGUUCGCAACUACAUGUCCAAGUUCCUGAGUGACAAGUGGAUGCUGCAGAAGGGCUUCCUGAAGGAGGAGGACUUCACGGUGACCAAGCCGUGGUGGUGGCACCUCAGAGUGCAGGAGCUGAGCCUGUCGGCUCCGCUCACCGUGCUGCCCACGGUCACCUGCGAGCACACCAUCGAGAUCCUGCGUGAGAAGGGCUUCGACCAGGUGCCCGUGGUCGACGAGUCAGGGGUGAUCCUGGGGAUGGUGACCCUGGGGAACAUGCUGUCAUCCCUGCUCGCUGGGAAGCUUCAGCCAUCAGACCAAGUUCGGAAAGUCCUCUACAAGCAGUUCAAGCAGAUCCACCUGACGGACCCACUGGGCAAGCUCUCGCACAUCUUGGAGACGGACCACUUCGCCCUGGUGGUCCACGAGCAGAUCCAGUCAUGGGACCUGGCCUUAUCGGGCAUGGUGGGGGGGCCUGCAGACCACAGCAAUGGCAAGUCCAGUAAGAGGCAGAUGGUGUUCGGGGUCGUCACUGCCAUCGACUUGCUGAACUUCGUGGCUGCUCGCGAGCGAGAGCAGAAGACCAAGUCAGGACCUGCCGGGGCCACGGCACAGCUCUGACGGCCCCCACGCCACUGGCUGGUGUCCGUCCUCUCUUGCUUUUGUCUGAGCAUGCAAAUGUGACUUUCAGCUGCCUGACGCUGGGCACUGCUCUAACAUGAUGGGUAGCAAGGACAGGUGCAGGAUGCUUAGCCCGGGGCCAGCAGGAAUGUUCGUUUUCCCUUUAUUAGCACCUGGCUACCUAAAUGAAUCUAUUUAUGGUUUAUUAGAGUAGAUGUGUUUUUCUUUAACUUUCUUCUAAAAUGUUUCAACGCAAGAAUCUUAUUAAAUAGAACUCAGCCAGGUGGAGGAACCCAUGUGAGGAUAGGAGCAGGGUGGGUAAAAGCAGCUGCAGGUGCCUUUUCUGGGGAAGAAUCCAGAAUGGGGAGCAGCAGAAAGGGGCUGGGGAAGCGUGGGUCAGUGUCUGCUUGGGGCUGGGUCGGUCAGAGCAACUCGAAUGUUUGGGGUUUUUUGAUUGAGGUGAAAUUCCCAUAACCUUAAAUCAACAGUUUAAAAAUGUGAUGUUCUCGGUGUCAUGUAGCCAGAUCCCAGUGCACGUCAUCACCUCCCCUCCCUCUCCUGGCCACCGCCAAUCUGCUUUGUGUCUGCGUGGGUGUAUCUGUUUGGGAUCCAUCAUAUAAACGGAAUGCUACAGU